AUGGCUUUCAGGGUUUCAGUGUCAGUCUAUCUCUUAUUCAAUGCAAUGGCAGCAUUAAGUGAAGAGAUGGCCUCGAACCUGACACUCGCAAUCGAAACCCAGCCAAGUAAUUGGACAGUUAACAAAACAAAAGAAGGACCCAUAGUCUUGAAGUUCUCACAUCCUUGCCUGGAAUACCACGAUAGUUACUGCAUCCAUGGUGUGUGUGCCUUCCACCGUGAGUUGAAGAAAGCCAUCUGCAGGUGUUUUACUGGUUAUACUGGAGAAAGGUGUGAGCAUUUGACCUUAACUUCAUAUGCUGUAAAUUCUUAUGAAAAAUACAUUGCAAUUUGGAUUGGCGUCGGAGUAUUAUUAAGUGGCUUUCUUGCUAUUUUUUACUGCUACAUAAGAAAGAGGUGUCUAAAACUGAAAUCACCUUAUAAGGUCUGUUCCAGAGGAAAACCACUGUGA